AAUUUUUGUUGCAUCGUACGUCAUGUCAUUUGACUCACGAGCGUUUUGUGGACUAUGAACAUAAGAGGAAGUUAGCCAGUUUCACAUUGCUUUUCAAUGAAUUAAUUUCAAAUACACGAACGAAACGUUGUUGAUAUUAUCUGAUGUGUUCAUUGAGUUGAUUUCUUCUUGAAGCCUGAAGAAAUGUGCCCCGGGCGUGCAAUGCCACGCCAUGUGCUGUUGGCGGUUGUGAUGGUUGUAACUGGCUCAAUUAACACCUUGUCAACGAAGUGGGCAGAUAGCAGUGAAGCUGUAAAUUUGGAUGGACAAAAGCAACCAUUUAAUCAUCCUUUCCUGCAGGCAGUGGGUAUGUUCAUGGGAGAGUUAUUGUGCCUCUUUGUGUUUGGCAUCAGAAAAUGCAUGAGACGCAAUCACGAGGUGGCCAAUGCAGAUGAUGCACAUGCACCUCGCAACUAUAAUCCACUGAUUUUCCUUCCGGCUGCAAUCUGUGACAUGCUUGGAACGUCUAUCAUGUAUAUAGGACUCAAUCUGACGUACGCUUCGAGUUUUCAGAUGUUGAGAGGGGCUGUUAUCAUAUUCACGGCUCUACUGUCAGUGGCAUUCUUGGGCCGAGUCAUCCAGAGGCACAUGUGGGUGGGCAUGCUGACCGUGCUUACGGGCUUGUUAUUGGUUGGGCUCUCUGAUAUUCUCUUCAAGGAUUCAGGCUCGAGUAACAGCAAUACAAACACAAACGGGGUUAUUGCAGGAGACCUGCUAAUCAUCUUGGCCCAGAUUAUAGUGGCAGUGCAGAUGGUAUAUGAGGAAAGGUUCGUCACCAGAUACAAUGUGCACCCACUGGCAGCUGUCGGAUGGGAAGGUCUAUGGGGAUUCCUUUGCUUAGGCCUACUGCUGAUCCCAUUCUACUACAUCAAGGUGGGCAACUUCAGCCAAACUGCUGGGCACCGACUAGAGAACGUGCCUGAUGCCUUUGAGCAGAUGAAGAACAACAGGCACAUCAUCCUGGCGAUCGUAGGCAACAUCAUUAGUAUAGCCUUCUUCAACUUUGCUGGCAUCAGUGUGACUGUUGAGCUCAGUGCGACCACACGUAUGGUCCUGGACAGUGUGCGGACCCUCGUCAUCUGGGUAUUCUCACUGAUCAUUGGCUGGCAGAAAUUCCAGUGGUUACAGAUUGUUGGUUUCCUGUUCCUGGUUGUGGGAAUGUCCCUGUACAAUGAUCUCAUUAUCAUGCCUGCUUGGCGCCGCUGGAGGGCGGGGCGCGAGCUGAGGGAACCGGGCCGACCAGAAUUGGGUCUGGACGAGGAGCGCCGCAGACUUCUUGGAAAUGCAGUUCAAUGAACACCUUGCAAGAUUGGGAAAUUUUCACAUUGGUCCCAAUGGUAACAGACACCUUUACAGAGGAUAUAGAGAAGCUCUGACCAAGUCAUACCUUUUCAACUAGGUGUUUUAUUUGCAAUAGCUGUUAGAAACAUAAUAGCAACAGUUGACUUGAUACAGACAUUAUACAUUUGUAUUAUAUGUGUAAAUUGUUUCAGUAAAAAAUGUUAUGACUGCUGAGAGAAGUUGGAACGUUUGCUUUGAUAUAAGGAUUAUUUUUAUUUACCCUUUUUAAUGUAGCUGUUUUCUUGUAUGCAUAUGUGUCAGAACAUUAUAUAUAUAUAUAUUGGCACAAUAAUACAUUAUUGAAUAUUAACCUGUUGAUAAAUUAAAUCCACAACAUAGUUGAAAAAAAAGUUGGACUAUGGAAUGACAUAAUUGUACAUAAAAAACAACAUUUCAGAAUAAAUAAUUAUGAUUGAAGUAAAAAUGUAUAUUUAUUAAUGUCUAUAUUACAGAUACACUGUGUACUGGGAAUAAUUCCGCUGUAAAAAAUAACUGGUCCAUAUUACUUUUUCCAUAUAUUGUGCCAUUUUUAGUAAAAAGUACAGUGGAACCCAUUUAAACUUUAACAAUUUUAUGCACAUGUACAAUUUUAUCAACAAUUUGGGAGACAACUGAUAUAUUUUUUGAUUUUGUAGCACAUUUGUUUUUGUGAAAAAAAAGCAAGCAACAUUUAAGCCUUUUUGAUGAUUGUGAUUUCCAAUUUUAGUAAUGUAAGUUUUCAUCUGUAUUUAUAUAUCUGACAAGAAUAGCAUUGAUGUAUGUAGUAAGCUACCUCACACUCUUGAUUUUGUAUGCCCCCCACCCCCCGACUCACUUGGAGGUAAAAAGUCAACUUUGGCCAUAUAACAGCUUGAUUUUGAUAUAUUUGUUCAAGGAAAAAAUUGAUUGCAGGGGCAUCUGUGCCCUAUGGACAAAUGUCUUGUUUUGUUUCUAGUCCCAAAGUAAAUUGUGAAUCAACAGAAGAUAACAAAUAUAUUGUCUUUACAGUAAAGAUUAAAUGCCGGUACUUUGUCUCUAUUGGUUACUUAUUGGUUUUAAAAAGGGUCUGUUUAAGUCACAUGAUUGUACAUUGAGUAUACAAAAAUUUAGAACUGUGUUUUAGAUAAAAGUUACUUAAUAAUAUUUACUUUCAUUGGUUCUGUGACAAACUGUUUCUUAAAUCAAACAUACAAAAUGUAUAAUAGUUAAGUUUUAAUGACACUUUUCAAAGAAGGCAGCAUACCAGUAUAUUAAAUUAUUUCUGCAGUGUGUAAGAGGUUGUCUGGUUGUCCUUCCAAUAAUUUCUGUCUCAGCCAUUAGUUUGAUUGAUUUUCAGAGAGCAUUUCACAAAUGUAAACAAAUAUAAGAAAAUGUGUCCUGGCUUUUGCCUAUCUCCCGACCACAAUGGUUAAGGUCAGACUCUUGGUGAAAAGUCAAAUUUUACCAUUAAACAAGUUGUUUUAUUACAUUAGUGGAAUUUUGAGUGUAAAGUGGGGGUAUCUGUGCCCUAUGGACACAUGUCUCGUUUCUUUUUAUUACCCGAAGGAGGGCAUAUAGUUAUCGGACCGUCCGUCCGUCUGUCCUUCCGUCACAAUUUGCGUUAAGGUUUCGCGUUUAGGUUUCGAAUAAUGCUCAUAACUUCUAUGUCCCUUCACAUAGCAUUUUGAUAUUUGGCAUGCAUGUUUAUCACAUGGAGUUGCACAUUUUGAGUGGUGAAAGGUGAAGGUCAUCCCUGAAGGUCAAAGGUAAAAAAACGUAUCAAAGCGGAGCAGUAGGGGGCAUUGUGUUUCUGACAAACACAUCUCUGUUAAUGUGUCAUAAUUUGUUUGCUAUUGUAGAGGUUUGUGUUUUUUAAGUUAUUUAAGUGAUUUAUGUUGAGCAUUUAUGUAUGUAUGUGUAUCUUGUAGUGAUAACAAAGUAAUCCAAAAUGGGAUCAAUAGCAUGUCCUUGUUCCAUUUGAAAUGGGCAUGUUUGUAUGUAUUUUUAUGCUAAAAAAGCAGUAGUUAUACCCCCACAAACGAAGUUUAGGGGUGUAUAAAGGAGUGAACUUGUCGGUCGGUCGGUCUGUCAGUCCGUAUUAAGUGUCCGCUCUCUAAUUCAAGUAGUUUUCAUCAGAUCUUCACCAAACUUGGUCAAAAGUUGUAUCUACAUGAUGUCUUGGCCAAGUUCGAACAUGGGCCUUGCCGGGUCAAAAACUAGGUCACGCGGUCACUAAGUGCGCUUUAAACAUUAAGCAUGUUGUCCGCUCUCUAAUUCAAGUAGUUUUCAUCAGAGCUUCACAAAACUUGGUCAGAAGUUGUAUCUAGAUGAUCUUAAGGCCAAGUUUGAACAUGGGCCUUGCCGGGUCAAAAAUAGGUCAAGGGGUCACUUAGUGCGUUUUUUAACAUUCAGCAUGGUGUCCUCUCUCUUAUUCAAGUAGUUUUCAUCCGAUCUUCACCAAACUUGGUCAGAAGUUUUAUCUAGAUGAUCUGAAUGCCAAGUUCGAAGAUGGGACAUGCCAGAUCAAAAACUAGGUCACAGGGUCACUUAGUUUGUUUUACACAUUGAGCAUGGUGUCCGCUCAUUAUUUCAAGUAGUUUAAAUCUGAUCUUCACCACACUUGGUCAGAAGUUGUAACUAGAUGAUGUGUAGGUCAAGUUCGAACAUGGGCCAUGCCGGGUCAAAAACUAGGUCACGGGGUCACUUAGUGUGUUUUAAACCUUACCAUGUUGUCCGCUGUCUAAUUCAAGUAGUUUUUAUCCAAUCUUCACCGAAAUUGGUGGCUAAAUAUUCAUAUUUAUUCAUAUUUAAUCUGUCAAUAAGUGUACCAAUGUAUGAUGACUGGUAAGUAUUUGUUAUUGCAUGUGAAUGUAUUUCAUUCAUGUUUGUGUCUGUUAGAGUGAAUUUAAGGUAAAGCAUAUGUUAUAAACCCAGGUGGUAUUAUUUUGUGAAGUGUGCUGAUAUCUGCAUACAUAAUUUGUAUAAUGUAUUGUGUACCGGUUACAUUUGGCACUGUCCAGUCGAAUUCUUUUCAUGUAAUUUUUUUUUUGCCAUUGGAAAUAAUCAGUUUUUUUCCAAGGUUGUUAGAAUACUUAGUGUUGAAUUAAUUGGGGAACUUUAAAAAGUGGAAUUAUUAUUCUGGUACAUGAUAUCUGACAAAACGUCUAAACAUUUUUAAUUACUGUUGUAUUACCUAACAUUCUUCACUUAAUAUUAAAUGUUAUGUUAGAUAACUAAUUAUACAAGGGUCUUUGACCUUCAGGGAUUUUGCCUUGGAUAGUAAACCAAAUGAUUUUGCUUUGGAUAGUAAACAGAAUAGAAUAAUGAACGCAAUUAUAGCAAUUAAUUCAGUUUCUUUGUAUCAGUUUUGUACUUAAAUUUACAUCUUUAUAAAAUUACAUUAUGCCUAAGAAAAAGUUACUACUAACUAGUUUGUCCUAGUAUAGUUUUUUGGGCGCAAAAUGUAAAAAAUUCAGUGUCUAUAAUGGUGUUAGUUUUCCUAAAUUUGAAUGAUGUAAAUAAAAUUUAAUCAAGCAAACUGUUAGUGCUUGUUUUACGAUGUUUUUAUCUUAUUACAAAUUCAACAUUGCAAAAAACCGCAUGAAUCUUGAAAUGACUUUAGCAUUAUUUUCAUGUCCCAAACUCCAUGAAUCCCAAAAUGUUGUUUUUAAUUUGGUUUAUGGUAUUGUAGGGUUGAAUAGAAGACUUGUCACAGUACAUGCUCUUUCUUGUAUGUGUUUGAAUGUUAUAUUUUAUAUAUUUAAAUCAGAUGUCCUUUGAAAUCAUUUUUUUGCUUUUUUGUUAGCUCUCCUGAGCACCACAUGCUCAUAGUGAGCUUUUGUGAUCGCCUUUUGUCUGUUGUGCACCAUCAGUUGUCAGUCGUCACAAUUUACCUUGUAAACACUUUAGAUGCAGCUAUUAUUGUCCAAUCUUCAUGACACUUGGUCAGAAUAUGUGUCCCAAUGAAAUCUUGGCUGAGAUUGAAACUGGGUCAUGUUAGAUCAAAAACUAGGUCACUAUGUCUAGUAAAAACAAACAAACAUGUUAAUACUCUAGAAGUCAAUUUUGGUCGAAUCUUCAUGGUGAGCGAUGUAGGGCUCUGUAGUUUACAUAUUUCUGGAUUGCUUCUUUAAUUCUUACUUAGAAGUGUAUUUGUUCGUUUAGUUUCACAAAAUUGAAAAAGUUUUGGUUUACUUCUUACAAACGCCAGAUCAUUGGGAAUUUGUUUUUGCUUUUAGUUUGUUCCUUAGGUUAUACUAAAUGUGCAUUCAUACUUGGUUUUGUUAAUUGUUUGUGCAAUAUCUUUAAAUAUCAUUAAUGCUAUAGCUUACAUAUUAUUGAAAGUUGAACAAUAAUAUACACUUGUAUACUAUUCUCGUCAAUAAGACUAAUUAAAUUUUGUAUUUAUUCAUUACAAAUAAAAAUAUUUUUCCACU